AUGUCCACAGAAGCCGCAAAGACGUUGCUGAGGUCAGCAGCCCCUGGUCAAUUUGACGUGGUGGCGGAACAUAUCCACAAACUGGCCCGACCCGAAGGACCCUGGUUGGACGAAGCUACAGCGGAACAAACGGCGUUGACCUGCUCCAAUUUGGAAUCCAAUGCCGGUGGUCAUCCCCUGGCGGCUGGUUUGGAAAAAAUACUAAAGGAAUAUCAAGAAAAGACCUUUUCUAGCAAGGGGAUUGCUGCCAAAUUUGUUCUCCAAUCCAGUGACGGAAGUGAUUUGCAGAUUCAUACCUAUGCCGAAAAGUUGGAUCUUCCCAAUUUUUACACUGGCUAUUGGAAGGCUACAUGGAUUCUUUCUUCCGACAAUGCUCUUAGUGGAGAAACCAAGAUUCAUACUUGUAGUUACGAAGACGGAAACAAUCAUUUGACCAUGGCCAAGACCUUUGAUCCAACACCAGUAACAGAGGAAGCACCAAAGGAUUUACCAGAGGAGGAAGCCGAGGAUGCUCUAACUAGCCUGGAACAAGGCAUUCUCAAUCAAAUUAUAAAGUGGGAACAUGAUGUCUUGGAUAGUCUGUCGACCAUGCAUGAGGAAGCACCGGGAAGUCUCAAAAAGAUUCGCCGUGUCUUGCCCAUUACCAAGACCAAAAUGAAGUGGGAUGUUGUGGCCCAACGAAGUGUCAAGACACUCAUGAAUUCCACCAAGCGGUAA